AUGGUUGGUGUCCCGGGUAGGUCCAAAGGCUGCAUCACAUGUCGGAAGCGCAAAAAAGGGUGCGAUAAGAAGGCUCCCUUUUGCGGCCAAUGUCUCGCCUUGGGCAUUGUGUGUGAAGGCUACGACCGCCAGCAGAUUUGGCUCAACAGCCAAGGGUCCAAACAAACCAUAUAUUCACCAGAGUCGAAAAGCGCUUCACCCGAGUCUGAGUCUAGUUCGCGCGGUUCUCCGUCUGGUGUAGUAUUACAAGAUUCACUGGUGAGGACAGCCAGAGCUCAAAAGUUCACCGGCCUUUUCUGGUCGGAUUAUCUUUCUGGCGGAAACGGGUUCUCACUGAAAGCAUCCGGCACCACAGGUACUCAGUGGAUGAGACUUUACGAGAACUUGAGCGAGAUAGAACCCACUCUUCAAUAUGUGGCUAUGGCAUUGAGUACCGCUACGCUCGGCGCAAAUAACAAUGAUACCCAGCUCAAGCGCAAGAGUCAACAGGCGUAUGGUUUGGCGCUACAGCAGAUGGUCACUUCUCUUGAGUCCCAAUCGCGGAACAAGGACGGGAUCCUUGCUGCUAUUCAGCUGAUGCGUAUUUACGAACAAUUAUUCGGCACAGACUCUACCAAAGAUCACACAAACUCCCGUGUUUCGCAGGUCAAGGGCUUUAGCAAGCACAUCGACGGUGAAACUGCUCUUAUCCUUACUCGUGGACCUAGUGAUGCUUGGUCCUCAACUGGACGCCAACUGCUAGCGGAUGGCCGUUUGACUUUAAUCAAUGCAUACACAUCCAGACGAAAGAGAUCACCGUUCAGCAGAGGCCAAUGGAAACGGUCACAACUAUGGCGUUCUGUGAGCGAUUCACCUCUCAACAAACUCAUCAAUAUUUUAGUUGAAGUGCCCGGUCUGCUAGAGGACUUGGACACAUUUCGACAAGCUUCAAAUACAGAAGAAGCCAUAGAGCUUCAUAGUGCGCUUUUGGCAAAGUGUCGAGCUUGUGAGAUAGAAUUGAUAACGUGGGAGGUGGAGGUUGGCGACAUACUUACCAUCUACGAUUAUACCUUGGCCAGAGAGCCGCUGCCACUCCCUAGAUUUGACGACGACCUUGCGGUGAUCUAUUUGAGCUGCUACCAUUGGAUGACCUGCCUCAUGGUUUACUCCACGAUAGGUUUCUGCGAACUCGAGGACCCAAGUACCGAGAGAAAACUCUCUCCAAUGGAUUGUCCAUCUCAACAAGUCGCUACAUCUUAUGCCUACCGAAUCGCGCAUGCGGUGCAUCUGCUGUUCCAACCUCCAGCCGGGGACUACAGCUCUGUGGCUGUGUUCUUCCCUUUUGGAAAUGCUCUACGGUAUUUGAUCAUGACGGAAACAUACGGAGAUCAGACAGCAAUGAGCAGUGAGCGGUUGUUGCUUGUUGAGAUAUUCACACGGCCGUUUAUGGGGAGUUUUGUGGGAAGGUUCCUGGGGAAUUUGCAGGCUGAUGAUGGUAUUGAUUAUGGAUAUCCUAUCGGAUGGCUUUUGGGAAUGAGGGGCGUUGAGUAUCGCGCGAGGGUCUGGUGGUGUGGAAGACAGGCAGCUGGCCUGCCGGAGAUAACUACAGAAGAUCCGUGUCGCCCACGAGAAUGA